AUGCAUGCACAAACCGUCUUGCAAGCAUUGUGCCUAUUGACAUUCUCCGAUGUCAUACAAGCACAGACGCUGGCUAUCAACAAUGUCGGUGUUAUCGACAUGACAACCGGAAACGUCCAGAAGUCGCAGAAUAUCCUCGUUGAAGACAAUAUGAUUGUGAACAUACAAAAUGCAGGUUCCAAUAUGAGUGCGGCGGAAAGCUUCGAUGCCUCGGGCAUGGUCAUUAUGCCAGGCCUCGUCGAUAUGCACGUUCACUUAUUCUUCACCAAUGAUCAAUCGCAAUUUGCAACAACGGAUAUCUCGGUGCUUCCCCCGUUGCUGGCCAACGGCAUCACGACUGUUCAGGACCUCGGAAGCAACUGCAACGCUAUCAAAGACACAGCCAGGAGAAUCGUGCAAAAUCAACAACUGGGACCGCGCAUAUUCUCAACGUGCGAGAUGCUUGACGGCGGGGACUCGCCCUUUGAGACGGUGAAGAAGUUGCAGGACCCUCGACAAGUGGAAACCGAAGUUCAAAAACUCAUGGCACAAGGUGUCAACAAGAUCAAAGUUCACCUUCGCCCGACUGAGCAAGUGUUUGGAGCGAUAGCCAAAGCAUGCAAAAAGAACAACAUCAUGUUCGGCGGACACGUGCCUGACUCGAUCGACGCAACAGAGGCCGUGAGACAGGGAUUCGGUUUCAUCGAGCACAUGAGUCGCAUUGAACCGAACAAUCAAAGCCUAAUCCAGGAUAUUGGGGAUAAGCAGCUGUGGGUUACUGGCACGCUCAUCCAAGGGCAAUCACCCGUUCGCCUCAAGCUUGCCAAUGACUUGAGAAAAGCCGGUGCCCGGAUGCUCGCCGGUACAGACUUGCCGCAAGGCCCAGGCCUCUGCCCGAAUGGUUCGACGCACACGGAACUCAAGCUCAUGGUCGACGCAGGCUUUUCGCCGUUGCAGGCGCUUCAGACUGCAACGACCAACGCGUACGAGUCCCUCAAUGUGCUUUCCAAACUGGGGUCGAUUGAGACGGGAAAGGUGGCGGAUAUGGUCUUGUUUAAUGAGAAUCCGGUCGAAAAUAUCAACAAUCUGGAUACGAUCGCUGGAGUCGUUGUUAAUGGCAAGCUUCACCGGAAGAACGAGCUUGACAAGAUGCUCCGAGACGCAAACCUCGCCGAGAACCUACCGUUUGCGUGCGGUGACAGGAGAGAUUUGAAGCCAAGGAAUACGUGUUGUUCGGUAUAA